AAGCGUAACCCUAGGUUUUUGCUUUUGCCCUCAAAUUUUCGCCAUAUACGAAGAGUAACCGGGGUGUUUUUUGGCAACUGAGGAUGAUGAUAUCUCGUUACUAUGCAAAACCUCCUUCAGGGCUUGUGCGGAACGCGGGGGUGUUGAUCGAUUCGAUUAAGCUCCAAAAGGAAAGGGAGAAUGUCAAAAAAGAGAUUAAGAAGGAGAAGAAGGGGGAAAAGAAGGAGAAAAGGAAAGCACAGAAAGGAAAGGAGAAAAUCACUGAUACUGGUGAUGGCAAAAUAAUAAAGCUCAAUUAUCAUAAGUAUGACCUACCUGAGGAAAGUAGAGCAGAGUCAUGUGGUGGGUAUUUUCAAAAGAGUAUUGAAGAUGAGGCUGAACUAUUGUGUAAGAGUGGUCUUACUGAAGAACAUAAGCAGCCGAUCCGGUCUCCAAAUGUUAGUUCGGGCAGCUCUUGGACAAGCAACAAGAGGAAAAGGGACACCUCCCAAACUUGUAGUAUCAGCAUGCAUGGAACCAUUAUUCGGAUGCGGCUGCCUUUGAAAAAGCAGAAAGUGUCUGAACAGCUGUGCUCUACUUCUGGAAGGGAAGAUGUUCUUGCUCCACAGAAGAAUGAGAGCCCCAAAGUACCCAAUCAAGAACAGUGCUGCUCUACUAAUGCAAAGGCAAAUAUCUUUGCUAAGGAGUUGUCCUGUCCAGUGCCAAGGAGGACUGAAAUGAAGUCAUAUAAAAGUAAGAUUCAGAGGAUAGAAUCGCCAUAUAAAGCUUUAAUUGAGAAUUGGGUUCCACCUUCGCUUCAGCAUGAGAGAAACGACUUUGAUGAUGAAGAAUGGCUCUUCAGGCCGAAGCAGAAAGACAGACAUGGGUCUGAAAGAUUUAAAGCUGGCAAUAAUGUUUCUUGCAGUGGAAGUCACACGUUGUGGCCACAUGCCCAUUACUUGCCCGAGGCUGACAUAUAUGCAUUUCCUUUUACGGUUCCAUUUUGAUUCUUUUCUUUCUUUUAUUACUCAAGCGGCUUAUACAGUAAAGUUGUAUUGAGCACUUGAGAUGAGAUCUUGAUAUCUCUAUGGUGCUCGAGUUUUUGCAAAGAGCAUCGAAAGCUGUUGUUGGUCUUCAUCCAUAUCUUUAUAUAAAAUGGCUACG